CCCCCCCUCUGUCUGUCUCACUUCUCUUCAUCCCCUCUUUCUGUUGGUAAAAACAGAAUCAAUCUUGGAAAGUGAAAUUCGCCUCUUUUCCUCACCCCCUCUAUACUCUCUAUUGGAUAAAGGAAUAUACGGCCAUACAAUCCUCCUUCUUCUUUCUUUCCUGGAAAGCUGCUGUAUCAUCUUUCCCUUCAUUCUUAAUUUCCUUUUUGGGCUUUGAUUUCUUUUUUCAGGUGCGUUUCCUCUCUUGUAAACCUUCUGUUUGGUGAGCUUGUCUCUCUCUUUUUUUUUCCUUUUCCUUUUUUUAUAAGCCAAGGUUUGAUUGCAUAGAAUAACAAGAGCCUCGAGAAGAAGUGAGAAGAAGAGGAGAAACCAUACUGCCACAUUUACAGACAUUUCUCUUCUUGUUUAUUCUCCCCCUUUUAUAAAUCCUCUUGUUGGUCUUUAACCCCUCGCUUGCAGAAACCCUGCAUCCUUCUCCCAGUCUUCUUCUCUGUGUCUUGCUCUGUCCAACCCAACUGGUAGCAUGUCUACCCCGGUCUCUCCAUCUCCAUCUCUGUCUCCCCUGGCCCUGUCCUCCCCAUCUCCCUCCUCCUCCCCGCUCCCCUCUCCUCUUUCUCUUCCCCCCAGGCUGCCAGUCUUCCAGAGGAAGGGGGCUCUCAAGCACAAGAGGGUCAUUGAAGUGAAGGACCAUCAGUUCACAGCCCGAUUCUUCAAGCAGCCUACUUUCUGCAGCCACUGCACUGACUUCAUCUGGGGAAUUGGAAAGCAAGGAUUUCAGUGUCAAGUGUGCAGUUUUGUGGUGCACAAACGCUGCCAUGAGUUUGUCACUUUUACUUGUCCCGGAGCCAUUACUGGUCCCAAAGCAGAGGAUCUCAAGAGCAAACACAAGUUUAAAGUACAUACAUAUUCCAGUCCCACUUUCUGCGAUCACUGUGGGUCUCUGCUCUACGGCCUCAUACAUCAGGGCAUGAAAUGUGCCAGUUGUGACAUGAAUGUACACAAGCGCUGUGAGAGCAGCGUCCCGAGCCUGUGCGGACAUGACCACACUGAGAAAAGAGGACGGAUUCGCCUGACCGUGCGUGGAGAGAAAGAAGACAUAUAUGUUACAGUGCACGAAGCACGUAACCUGAUACCCAUGGACCCUAACGGCCUGUCGGACCCUUAUGUGAAGCUCAAACUCAUCCCUGAUCCGAAGAGCCAGAGCAAACAGAAAACCAAAACCAUCCGUUCUACACUCAACCCUAUCUGGAACGAGAGCUUCACCUUUUCGGUGCGUGGGAGGCAGUGGGACAGGCGUUUGUCUGUAGAGGUCUGGGACUGGGAUCGGACCUCACGAAAUGACUUCAUGGGUGCUCUGUCGUUCGGCGUCAGUGAGAUAUUCCGACGAUCAGUCAGCGGCUGGUUCAAACUACUCAACCAGGAUGAGGGAGAGUAUUAUAACAUCCCUGUACCUGACGCAGACCUGCAGGUACCAGAUGCUGCUCUCAUGCCCUCUGUUCCUCCUGCUCCUGUUACUGUGACGACGCCUGUUCCUACUGUGACCCCGCCAGCUCCCACUGCACUGUAUAUGAGCAACGGACGAGUCAGGCUGCAUGAUUUCAACUUCCUCAUGGUUCUGGGCAAAGGGAGUUUUGGCAAGGUCCUGCUUGCAGAGGAGAGGGGCAGCGAGCGCUUGUUUGCAGUGAAGGUGUUGAAGAAGGAUGUGCUGUUUCAGGAUGAGGACACAGAGAGCGCCAUGGUGGAGAGAAGAGUGCUGGGCCUCAUGGGGCGACCUCACUUCCUGACCUCCCUCUACUGCGCCUUUCAAACCGAGGAUCGUCUGUAUUACGUCAUGGAGUACGUGAACGGUGGUGAUCUUAUGUUUCACAUCCAAAUCGUUGGCAAGUUUAAAGAACCGCAUGCCGCGUUCUAUGCUGCUGAGAUCGCGGUGGGUCUGUUCUUCCUGCACAACAAAGGCAUCAUAUACAGAGAUCUAAAGCUGGACAAUGUCCUGCUGGACAGUGAAGGACACAUAAAGAUAGCAGACUUUGGGAUGUGUAGAGAAGGCAUGAUGGAAGGGGACACCACACGGACCUUCUGUGGCACACCUGAUUACAUCGCACCUGAGAUUGUGGCGUAUCAGUCGUAUGGUAAAGCAGUGGACUGGUGGUCAUAUGGAGUCCUCCUCUAUGAGAUGCUGGCUGGGCAGCCUCCUUUUGAUGGCAUAGAUGAGGAGGAGCUGUUUCAGUCCAUCAUGGAACAGAGCGUUUCAUAUCCUAAGAGUCUCUCUCGGGAGGCUGUGGCCAUCUGCAAAGGGCUCCUCACUAAGAACCCUGCCAAGCGUUUGGGUGGAGGAGAGGAUGCAGAGAGAGAGCUGCGGGAGCAUCCAUUUUUCCGCUGGAUAGACUGGGACCGGCUGGAGAGACUGGAGAUACAACCUCCCUUCAAACCCAGAAGUGGAGGCAGAAAAGGAGAGAACUUUGAUAAUUUUUUCACAUCGGCCCCCUCUGUCCUCACACCUUCUGACCCGGAUGUUCUUGCCGCCAUAAGUCAAGAGGAAUUCCAAGGCUUCACCUACAUUAACCCCGAAUUUCCCCCCUCACCCCUCACAGCUGUCUGAGAAAACCUUGAUCUAUCCACACCAACCAUCUUUUGACUUUUUCUGCUCCUGUUCACGAUUUAAACUACAGUGACCAAAAAAAAAAAAAAAGGAUUGUGUAAUUUGUCUUCAGCUUGCAUGCAAUAGUCUUAAUUAGACCAGCCAUCACAUUCUAAAAUGAUACCACAUUGAUUUUAAUCAUCUUAACGGUAAAACAACUAAGCAUUAAUAAUAUUUAGCCAGUCCACUUUGAGAGUAUCAGCCUGCAUUAUUUAGGGAUCAGGCAUUCAUGCCAUUAUCUCAUUGGACAAUAGGAUCUUAUUGGAUAUCCCUUUGGAUGCUAGUAGUUGCCAUGACCUAAUUAUAACUGAGUACACCAUAGAAACCAUCAUGAACAUGAUUUCCCCCAUGUUUUAAAGUUCACUUGAAGUAGAUUGAUUUUUUAAUCUCACAUCAAGCUAAUGUGGUUCUGCUUUGUCUUUGUGUAAGAUCCUGUUUGGUUUCGGUAACUAAAUAAGUGCAGAGAGGUGAGCAAACACUGGUAAUCCUUUCAUUUAACUGGUAUAGAAACUCUGUAUUAUAAUUUAGGAGUCACACAUGUGAUGGCUAGAUGCAAAAAAAAAAAAAAAAAAGAGAUUAAUGCUUAAGCAUAUAAACUAUUUGUUUGUGACAUGAAUGUUAGUGCAUACUGUAUAUCUCUGUAGAUGUGUCAGAAUUCAAUCCAGAAUAUACAAUCUAUACAUGUUUGUGUCAUUUUAGUAUUUUACAGAAAUACGUUUUUGGGAUCCAUGUUAUUAAUACAAAUGACUUUAUGAAAAACACAAAUUAAGAUAUUUAUGAUUUAUCGCAUAUAUUUAUAUACAUAUCUAUAUAAAGUAUGUGCAGUGUAUUAUAUUAUAUUAUUUCAAUAAUAGACAUUUUCUAUGAACAUUUUAAACCACUUCAUCAGCAUUUUUACAUCAGCAUAAAAUAAAAAUGUGCAUGUCAUCAUGUUUUGCAACCUCUAUUUUGAAGAUAAAGCAUUCCCAAAUGUUAUCAACCAGGUAUUUUGUUUAUAGUGCACAGGAUUAAUUAAAUGAAAGUAUUUCUUAUUAUAUUACCAAUUUGGUCUCAAAACAAUGUCAAUUUGGUUUCAAAAUCUCACAUUUUGGGGUGAAUUCAUUUAGUGUUUUUUUUUUUUUUUUUUUUUGUAUGAAUAUGGUUAGGUCUCAGAGAUCAUCAUGCACUUGUCUUGUAGAUUGAAAAUCAUGAUGCCUGUCCUGGAAUGACCUACAGUAAGUCAGCACACUGUGCCCAGAUUGUAAUAUAAUUCUAAUAUAACUUGAAAGUUGCACUGAUGACAAAAUACUGCCAACAGAAAGGUGGGAACAUUUCACUCAUUACGUGGGGAAGGUUAAGAAAAAAAAUGUGUGAAUUUGGAAUGGAAAUAAUUGAAACGUACUUAUUAAUUAAUAAGAAAAUUGAUAACUGCCUGAUUAUUGUUGACAUUUCCCAGCCUUUAAUUUCAAUCGUCAUGUUGCUGGUCUUGUGGUUAUGUAAAUUGUAUAUUUUGUAAAUCAGUCUGUUUUCAGUUCUGCUUCUUGAAGUCCACUCUACGUUUCUACAGAUUGGUUCCAGCUAUACAGCACACCUGCCAAACUUUCAGAUGAGCAGCCGUGCUUGUUUUGAGGUCGGAACUAAGCUCUGUAGUUAGAAUUACAUAAACAACUGUUAUGAAUGUUCUAAUUAGUGAAAAAUCCAUGUAUUGAUGUAAUUAUGGUAUAUACUAUGUCCCUAUGUGUUUCCAAUCACAAUAAAUGAUUCAACCUCA